AUGACUCUCCUCGAUUCCCCCACCAUCGAUUGCGUUCAACAACGCAUCAAACGGAAGCUCGAAGAUUUCAUCGACGAUGACCUCUCCUCCUCCGACUUAGUCUCCGUCAGGAUGAGAAAAGACGAUCCUAACCCCGACUCCCCUUCUUCCACUGCCACCCUCAAUUCCUUCCCUGAUCAAAUCACCACUCAUCAUCCUCAUUUCCAACCUAGGGCUUCUUCCAGUUCCAUUUGUUCUUUCCCCAAUUUCACCCAAUUCUUCGUUCGGAUGAUCUCAGGGGGUAAAACCCUAGUUCUCCAUGGAAACCCUGAAGAUAAAAUCAUGUCGAUCCACGAGAAAAUCCAAUCCGCCACUGGAAUUCCCUUGAUGGAGCAAAGGUUAAUUUAUGGCGGGAAGCAGCUUCACUGGGAGCAAAGCCUGUCUCAGUGUGGGAUCACAAACGACUCUGGGUUGCAUUUGGUUGGUCGAAUGCGAAGCACGGGACAUCCGCAAGCUUGGCAAGUCGUCGAUGAUUUAGUUUCCGUCAUCUGCAGGCUGUGUAAAGGCGAAAGAGGGGUUUGCAUAAAGUCUGUCAAAUCCAGGUUAAUGGAAUUCUUAAACAUGACACCCAAAGACGGAAUCGACCAUGCCGCUCCUUACCUGAAUAUAUUUCUCUCUUCAUCCGCCAUUGCAGCACUGGUAAUGCUUUACAUGUCACCCCAUACGGGCAACAAAGAAUGUGCUGAAGACUCGAUUCAGCAUUUCAUCAAAUCCAGUAGGAACGUGUUACCAAGACCUAUAUAUCCUGAGUUCGCACCUAUAGUAUUAGAGUUUUGUAAAUUGCUUGGUAGAGCUACUGCCCGUGAUGAUCCUCUAUAUAAACUAUGUCGAAGUAGUCUAGGAUCAAUGGUGGAGCACGUCAAAAUAGGUAGAAAUUCAAAAUACUACGAUGGUAGUGGCUACAAAAAGAUGGUCAUAGCAGUUCAAGAGAUUUUUCCAUUUGUAGACGAGCUUGCAAAGAAGCUAUCUGAAGCAUUUGUGCGACCUCUAAAGGAUGCAAUCGUUAGCCAGGUACCUUUUGGGACUCUCAUUCCAAUGCCAUACAAUCAAAACCUCCCUUGCUACAGUGAUGAAGUCAAAUUUCUUUACAUGCUGUUUUAUGACUUAUUGUCAAACCUGCAAUUGUGUCUGAAUAAAGUGGAGGAUGUUGUAAAGAAAGAGAAAGGAGAUGGUGGGUGGGAUCAAUACCUUUCUAUCUUAAAAGAGCUGCAUUACAUUUCUGAACUAUAUCAAGGUGCAGAAGAUUACUUUUGGACGAAUUUGAAAUCUUAUAAAGCUUCUCUAUGUUAUUUAAUCGUUCGAUAUGCGAAAAGGGGUGAUGAUUAUAAAUGGAUUCUUGAUCAUAAAGAUCUCACAGACUUUGAAUCUAGAAGACAUCUAGUUAUGAUGUUGCUUCCAGAAGUAAAAGAUGAAUAUGAAGAGCUUCAUGAGAUGCUUAUCGACAGAUCACAAUUGUUAUCAGAAUCUUUUGAGUAUAUCGCACGUGCAGAUCCUGACACUUUGCGUGGAGGGUUAUUUAUGGAAUUUAAAAACGAAGAAGCCACUGGUCCAGGGGUAUUAAGGGAAUGGUUUUUCUUGGUUUGUCAAGCUAUCUUUAAUCCCCAAAAUGCCCUUUUCGUUCCUUGCCCAAAUGAUCGAAGAAGAUUCUUCCCAAAUCCAGCAUCUAAGGUGGACCCAAUGCACCUUGACUACUUUAGCUUUGCAGGGAGGGUGAUUGCACUUGCAUUGAUGCAUAAAAUGCAAGUUGGGAUUGUAUUUGAUAGAGCAUUUUUCCUACAGUUAGCAGGAAUGAAUGUCUGUUUAGAAGAUAUAAAAGAUGCAGAUCCGUAUCUAUACAACAGUUGCAAACAGAUACUGGAUAUGGAUCCAUGUGCAGUUGACGAAGAUACCCUUGGGUUAACAUUCGUUUGGGAGAGUGAAGAGUUAGGUUCCAUGAAAGUUCUAGAACUUCUUCCUGAUGGAAAACAGAUAACUGUAAACAGUAAAAACAGAAAGGAGUAUGUUGAUCUUUUGAUUAAACAUCGGUUUGUGACAUCUGUUUCACAACAGGUAACACAUUUUGCUCGAGGAUUUGCAGAUAUUGUUACAGAUGAAGAGAUUCAAAAACGUUGUUUUAAAAGCUUAGAGCUUGAAGAUCUUGAUGGAAUGUUACAUGGUAGUGAAAGUGAUGUUUCUGUUGAUGAUUGGAAGGCACAUACAGAAUAUAAUGGAUAUAAAGAUACAGAUCCACAGAUUUAUUGGUUCUGGAAGAUUGUGGGGGGAAUGAGUGCGGAGCAACGGAAGGUUCUUCUGUUCUUUUGGACAUCAGUGAAGUAUCUGCCAGUGGAAGGGUUUGGUGGGUUGGCUUCAAGGCUUUAUAUUUAUAAGUCAAACGAAUCCUUUGACCGCCUUCCUUCUUCUCAUACCUGCUUUUACCGGAUUUGUUUUCCUGCUUACUCAUCAAUGGCCAUGAUGCAACAGCGCCUCAAUGUCAUCACUCAGGAGCAUGUUGGUUGUAGCUUUGGAACAUGGUGACAAUGCAUGCAUUCUUCGCUUGUACAGAAGAUAUUAUAUAUAUAAAUAGGGUAAAUUAUGAUGAAAUUUUCUAAUUAGACUUGACUUGCAUGAUAUGAUGUUUUCUUUUGUUUGUUGCC